AUGUCGAACAAGCCGAUCUUUGUGGCUACGCAUCCGCGAGCAUGCUCGACGGCCUUUGAGCGCGUCUUCAUGACUCAGCGUGACACCAUUCAGUGUGUUCACGAGCCAUUCGGCGACGCUUUCUACUACGGCCCGGAGCGCCUCUCGGGCCGAUUCGCAGACGACGAACAAGCUCGUCUGGAGAGUGGAUUCAGCGAAUCUACGUACAGCACCGUGAUGGAUAGACUCGAACGAGAAGCUACUCAGGGAAAGAGAAUUUUCAUCAAGGAUAUCGACCACUACCUACUUCCCCCGAGUGGCAAGCCCGCUAGCCUAGCUCCGUCCCUGCUGCGCCUGAAACGCGGCGUCGGCACCGACGAGACGAAUGGCGAAGGCCAGGCCAACGGUGUGAACGUUGUCAACGGCACCCACGCAAACGGCCACAGCAACGGUACCAACGGUCACAGCAACGGAGUGAACGGCCACACAAAUGGCUAUACCAAUGGUACCGGCGAGACCAACGGUCACACGAACGGUCUCAGUAACGGCCACAGCAACGGCCACAAAGAGCCAUAUCCAUACAACACCCCCGCAGAGCCAGGCAACCCAACCGUAAUGCCCCGCGAACUGCAAGAGAAGUUCCACUGGGCCUUCCUCAUCCGCGACCCGCACUACAGCGUGCCCUCGUACCUGCGCUGCACGAUUCCCCCACUGGACGACGUGACUGGAUUCCACAACUACGACCCCACCGAAGCCGGAUACGACGAGCUGCGCCGUCACUUCGACUACCUGCGUGAGGCAGGACUGGUUGGGCCGCGUGUUUCGACUCGGCCGGAGCUUAGCCCUCGCGACGCCGUGGUUGCUCCUGGUUCUGUUGAGAUUUGCGUCAUCGAUGCUGAUGAUAUGCUCGAUGAGCCUGCUAAGACUAUGGAGGCUUUCUGUAAUAGUAUUGGCUUGCCGUAUAGUCCUGAGAUGCUCAAGUGGGAUACUGAGACUGAUCAUGCGGUUGCUCGGGCUGCUUUUGAGAAGUGGCGUGGCUUCCAUAAUGAUGCUAUUGAGUCGAAGGCUCUGGAGCAGCGUAUGCAUAAACGUGCCGCCAAGACCGAGGCAGAAUUUGAUGCCGAAUGGGUCAAAAAGUACGGCGAGAAGCAUGCAGCUCUUAUCCGCCAGACUGUCGAUGACACCAUGGCCGACUACCUGUAUCUGAAGUCAUUUGCCGUGAAGGUCUAG